ACAGUUUGACAUUAGAUACCAGCAGAAGAGCACAGAAAGCUAAGAGAGGAGACAACAUCUUGAGUCUGGCAAGGGUCAUCAAAUAGCUCAGCUGUCAGAACAGCAAAAUGUAUAACCAUAGCCGUGGAAAGGAAAAAGGAAGCCGGCAAAAGGAGCCUCAGCCCUCGGGAAGCAGAGGUCUAGAACAGCUCAUUUCAAUGGAUGAGUGUGCAAAACACAUUAUUGAUAGCGCUUUAGUGAAGAUACAGAAGCAGCUACUGGAUAAAGCCAAGCAGAGUGGAACAAAUAAGUCAAACAAUCCUUCACAUGGCUAUAAAUGCCAUGAUUCAAAUUUUGAGAGGGCAGGGGCAACCAUUGGUGCUAGGUUCUCUAACCUUAGCCCUUCCAGACGAGGAGGACAGCAGGAAUCUCAGCCUCAAGAAACAAGAAAAGAAGACCUUUCAAGCAUCCUCACCUCAACUAUCCAAAAAGUAAUGCGUGAAGCUGUCAGCAGUGCAGACGACAAUUCCAGCGGCACAAACAGGGGCCAACGGCAGGCCCCUCCUCCUGGUAGCAGACAGCAAAAGAUAAGGGCGGUUGCAAAACCAGUCGGGGGGACACGGGAAACACAUGGCAAUGUGAACCCUAUGGACCUGUUGGAUAUCGAUCAGUUAGUGAAGUCUGUGACCAAGUUGUGCCUCUUAGAGACUGCGGGAAAUGGCUCACAUUUAGCCAGUGGUGACACAUCAUAUAAACACCACAGUGGCUCAUCCCAGCAUUUAGGAGGGCCAAGAAGAGCUUCAAUAGUUAGAUCAACUAUGAGGCAAAUGGGUCAAAAUGGAGUGAUUGUCACUAACCAGAAUGUUGAGAGAGGCUCCUUGAACAAGGAGCUCCAGGCGGUCCUCCAGUGGAUGGUGGCUUCUCACUUCAAUGUGCCCAACCUGACCUUCCUAAAUGACAGAGAAGGAGAGCUGGCUGAACUCCCUCGUCUGGCUCAGAAAGCGACCAGCAAGGGCUACAGUGUGGGAGAUAUUCUUCAGAAGGUAAUGAGAUACCUCGAAAGAACACAAGUGGAGGAAGCAAUGGGGAAAAGGCCUCCGUGUGGGCUGAUUCGCUGGCUACAUGCCAACUUGUAAGAGCCAACUCUUCCCUCUCAUACUGCUUCUGCUCAGCACAGGCACCUCCAACCACAAGCUUUCCUUGUGCACCUGAUACCACAGUACAGCGACAAGUGACAAUAAACUGCAUUCAACUGAUUAGCCACAUGAUAGCUGGGCAAGAUCACCAAUUAAAAACAUUUUUUUAAAGUGAGAA